ACAAUAAUGAUUGUCAGAACGGAGGAACUUGUGUGGCAGACCAGUCCAGUGCACGAGGAUACACCUGCAACUGUACCAUUGGUUCUUUCGGGGAAAAUUGUCAAGUUCUUCCUGUGGAUUGUAAGGAUAUUCGGGAAAGUGAUCAAAACAAUUCUGGUGUGUACAACAUUUAUCUUAAUGGGAAUAUAUCCAAUCCUGUUCAAGUUUACUGCGACAUGGAGACACUGGACGGUGGAUGGACGGUAAUCCAAAAACGAGUGGAUGGUUCUGUGGGCUUUGACAGGAUCUGGACGGAUUAUAAGAAUGGUUUUGGUGUACCGGAUCAGGAAGUCUGGAUCGGAAAUGAUGUGAUCCACCAAUUAACAAAGGGAAAUGACUCAUCUCUCUAUGUUUCCAUAACUCAAGUGGAUGGCACGACUUUAUUUGAGUUGUAUGGUCGAUUUUCUGUUUCCGAUGAAGCGGAGAAUUAUCAACUCUUUAUGGAUGGACCUGCCAUAGGGACAUUAGGUGAUAGGAUGUUAAACGUUAGUAGCGGUGACACUCUAUCUGGGAUGUUCUUUACUACCCCUGAUAGAGACAAUGAUAGAAACCCGGUUGGUAGCUGUGCUGUAAGAAAUCGAGGGGGAUGGUGGUUUAACUAUUGCCACGAUGCCUACUUCAACGGACCCUGGGGUUCUACUAUCUGGAGUCAGCCUUGGUUUCCCCUGAUUGUAGAUGGGAGAGAUGUGAGGGGGACAUUGAUGAUGGUCAAACGUGUCUAGUGAUAUCACUUUUUCUGUAUACAAACUGGGACAGAUGCGAGGGGUAAAGUUUCUCGGGACAUUACUUAUUCUGUAUACAUACUGUGACUAAUGUGAGGGGGACAUUGAUAAUGAUUAAAUGUGUCUAGGGGAAUUACUUAUUCUAUAUACAAACUGGUUCUGAUCUGAGGACAUUAUUGAUGAUGAUUCAACGUGUCAAGGGACAUCUUUAUCUUCUAUAUACAAAUUAUUUUCCUUUGAAAAUUUCAUGAUCAUUAAAAAAAAUCUGAUUAUUUAUAUGUAUGUUGGUGCCGGUGGUUUGCAUUUGAUUUACAUAUUUCUGAAUUUAUUUAUUUAUUGUUUUUUUAUUCGUUGAAUACUUAGCAAGACACUGUAUAACGAUUCUACUGAAGUUUUUAAAACACAUCAUGUUGGCAUUUUUUUUUCCUGGUAAAGAAAUUCAGUUACAUUUAAAAAUUAUAUAUGUUGUAGAUGUUCCCUUUCGAUUGUUUUAGGUGGUUACUUUCUGAAGAACAAAAAGUAAUUAUUUCCUUUUUUCGUAAGUUUAAACUCGAAAAAGCCUUUUGUUGACGAGACAGAUGUUCUUAGAACACAACUCUCUGAUAAACUAUUCUGAUAAAAAAAAAUAUAAUCAGUUAUAAUCUUUGCAAUUUGUUUGCACUAAGUUCUAUCUAAGUACUUAAAGGAAUCGGGACAAAAUUUGAAAAAGAUAUAUUGUAAGCUUUUUUUUUUUUUUG